AUGAUCGCUCGCACCCUCGUCGCCCUCGCCUUCAUGACCGCCGCCCUCGCCGCCCCCACCGUUCUCUCCACCCGCGCAGAUGCGCCCACCGACGCAGACCUCCUCGGGUCCUGCCCUGGCGGUCCCGGCUCCCCCAACGUCGAGAACGCCGACACCUGCAAGCUGGUGAACAUCGUCAACAACGCGAACACGCGCGUGUUCAAGGCGCUCGGCAACCCCCAGCUCAACUGUGGCGGCGGCUCCGACGCUGUCACCGUCACCCUCGGCGGCUCGACCGAGGUCUCGCAGACCGUCACCGCCUCCGUCGACGUCGGGAUCGACAUCGAGGGCAUCUCCGUCGGCGGCGGCGUCUCCACCGAGAGCGGCACGACCCAAACCCAGUCGAAGGACGUCUCGUACUCGAUCCCGCCGGGCCGCCAGGCCGUCUACGUCACCGGGAUCGACCAGACGUCGCAGACGGGCAACGUCCAGGUCAACUUCGCCGACCGCCAGUUCGACCACUUCGAGUGGACCACGGGCUCGACGAUCACGCAGCUGACGCCGACGAACAACGUCGUGUUCGACGUGUACGAGAGCGCGUGCGGGACGGACCCGAACGACUUCUCCAGCCUCCACUGA